AUGGGGGACGAGUACGAACAGCUAGGACCGACUGAUGAUUUGCCUCCGCCGCCACCACCACCAUCACCACCUCCACUACAAACGCCGCCACCGCCAAAACCGCCGCAACGGCCGUCGCCACAACCACCGCAACGGCCGUCGCCACAACCACCACCACGCCCUGCUCGGCGUCCAAGUAAUGACCAUAUGGCGGCACGCCCAAGCAAUGGCCGUAUGCCUUCACGCCCAGCCCCAAAAGGUCGUGUGAUACGUUCAUGUGAUGGCCGUAUGUUGCCAGCACCAAGCGGUGAUGCCCAACAGAUGAAAUAUGCAGGAAAGAAAAUUAAAAGCGACAAUGAUGCAGAGAAAAAUCGGGAUGGUAGUGGUUCGUCAACCUCCUCCAGGGAAAAGCAGAAAAAAAGCAGUAAAAGAAGAAAGACGCCGAGGAAGGGUGGGAGAGGUUCGGAGACACAGACAGGAGAAACAGGGAUGGAAGAAGAGGAAUCUUCAAAGAGGAGUUUCUUUACCUGCAACUGCGUGCUGUGUACAGCGGCUGCACUUUUCCUCACAUUGUCCCUGUUUAUCGCAGUUGUAGCCGCUCUUCAUUUCACUGGAGUUAUCGACCUUACAUGGCUAUACCUCCGCAUAACUGGCAAAAGUUAG